ACAGGUUCAUUUGAUGGAGGAUUAAGUUUCCCUGCUGUUCCACAAGAGGUCAGAGCAGUCCAAACUGACACUUUGUUCUGUACUAUCAGUGUAUGAAUAUCACUGAUUUCUUACCAAUGAAAACAGUGACCUUUCAUAGUAGGAACUCUUUUUUUUUUUUUUGUUUUUUUUUUUGAGAAAAUAUUCACACCUUUGUAUUUCAAUGUGUAUCUUGUUGUUUAAUCAUGAACUUGGUGAAAUUACUAGAAAGCUAGUGAAAAUCAUAAACAUCAAGAAGAGCAGAUAGUAUGGUUCUAGUUAGUGGCAUCUUACCAGUAGAACCAGCAGGAUGUGAUGGAACUGGCCUCCCAUAAAACAGAUGUGGGACAAAAUGUAAAAAAAGAGUAUGCUUUGAUAAACAUGCAUGACUUUCUAUCUAUUUAUCUUAACGUAUCUGUAGAGUUCACAUGAUAAAAAGCAAAAGCAGCCAAAGUCAAUUAAAGGCACAUUUAUGAUUAAUAUUCCUCAUUAACAAAUCUAAUUAUUUCAAGGAACACAUACAUAAUAAACUUUGUUGUUGAGCCAGUUCAUUCAUUCUUACUGUGAGCAGGUGGGCUGGAUAAGAGUGCCUCACUUUCACAGAAGAAGGAGUUGUUCAACCAGAUUUCAGUGUUCAAUACAACUGUGUGUCGGUGGAGAGCUAUUGUUGUCUAACAGACGCAGUGGAAGAUUGUAACUGACGGUCCCCAUGUGGAGUUAUUCUUACCUAACUUCAAAGGAUGAGUUGUCUUAAGAAUUUUACAAAUCGAGUCCAGACAUUAAAGAAUCAGUUAUUAAAACAGACCGCAGACAGAAACUCAUGCAGCGAAGGUCAACAGACGGUAAGUUUUCCAAAUGAAAUAUAUGUUUCUCUUUUUGCACUCAUAUUCAAAACAGGUAAAAUAUUAAUAUUUUCAGUGGGGUUGGGGGGGAUUCCUCUGGCCAGGAAGAUGUGUUAUGCUGUGGGUGGGGUCCCAUAUCAGAUUACCAGAAUAGCUAUAAGUGUUUCCAUGCAGAUUUUCCUUCUGGAUCUUGUGCAGAUGGAGGCCUUCUAUGUUUCCAUGAUUUUGUUUGUGAGUCAUGCCUGGGAUGCUGUGACUGACCCUCUGGUUGGAUAUCUGGUGAGCCGCAGUAACUGGACACCCAUCGGCAAACUAACUCCAUGGCUAGUUCUUUCCACUCCGUUUGGUGUCCUGUCCUAUCUGCUGCUAUGGUUUGUGCCACAGGGUUCAAUGUCUCAGGAUCUCUGUGUGCUGUGGUUCCUCACAGCAGCCUGCUUGUUCGAGACCCUCAUGAGUUGCUACAACGUUCCUUACCUCUCACUCAACAUGUUCCUGGGGGGAGAUCACAGGGACAGAGACUCUGCCACAGCCUACAGGAUGAGUGUGGAGAUGGUGGCGAUGCUGUUGGCUUCGGUAAUUCAAGGUCAAGUUGUAGCUGUGUACAACACAGAAAAACAAGAGGCCUGCCAACAUCUGGACCAUGAAACACCUCAAAGCACAUCUUUACCAAAUACUGCAUCUCUUCCAGAAACACAAAAGGCUUUUCUGACCUCAGCUCUGGUCAUGGGCGCCUUGUUUUUCCUCUGCAGCCUGGUUCUCUUCCUGGGAGUGAAGGAGCAGAAGGCCCCUCUCUGCUCUGAUGACAGAGUACGACCGUCCUAUCUGAAUUCGCUAAAGAUGCUGAUAUGUCACAUGCCUUACCAACGACUGGUGCUUGGUUUUGUGUUCAGUGCACUUGCAUUUCAGAUGUCCUUGGGUAAUUUUGCACUUUUUUGCAGUCAUGCAGCUGGGCUUGGAGCCCAGUUCCAGCACCUCCUACUGGUUCUUCUGACUGCCGCCUCAAUAGCAGUCCCUCUGUGGCAAACAGUUCUUCUGAGAAUAGGAAAAAAGGCCACAGUUUUCAUCGGACUAUCACUCUUCAUCCCAGCAGUGAUUAUAGUUGCCUGUGUUCCCGGUAACCUGCCAGUCUUCAUGACUAUGUGCAUUCUGAUGGGAUUCAGUGUGGCGACCUUAUUUUUGCUACCCUGGUCUAUGCUCCCAGAUGUGGUGGAGGAUUUUGCUGUGAGACAUCCCGCCUGCAAAGACCUGGAGCCUCUGUUUUUCUCCUGUUAUGCCUUCUGCAGCAAGCUGGCGGGAGGCCUGUCUGUUGGGAUCUCAACCAUGACAUUACAGUUUGUGGGCUACAGAGCGGGUGCAUGUAACCAUGGUGACGGAGUGGUGACGGCUUUGAUUGUGCUGUUCUCACCAGUUCCUAUUGCACUUCUGCUGAUAGGAAUGGUCUUUUUUCGCUCCUACCCAAUCAAUGAGAGGCUGCUCUGGGAACAACUGACCACAGUCUAGUAAG